AUGGCUUCCUCUUCACUACAUUUCCCUCCGAUUUCCACAUCCACCGCGCCUUCUCCUCUUCCUGGAGGACUUUCAUAUGCUGCUAAUGUUUCGGCCUCGGCUGCUAAACCCGCUCCUUUUCCGCUUGCGGAUGGUUUCUUCCUGCUCAAUUUCUCGACUGAAGAAGAUCUCGAGUCGGUUUUGUCAGGCGGACCUUGGUUUCCGCUCGGCAAGCCGUUCAUCCUGCAGCGAUGGUCACCAAAAUUCAAGCCCAAACGCGACGAGGAUGCUCUUAUUCCGGUAUGGAUAAAAAUCGUCGACUUCCCCCUGGCUCUCUGGACGCCAACUGGUAUUUCUAAAAUCUCCAGCUAUGUUGGUAUUCCUAUUUCUGUUGAUGCGCUCACUGCAAAUCGUUCUAGAUUAACGUUUGCGCGGAUUUGUGUUCUUAUUUCAAAAGAUUCACCUUUACCGGAUGAAAUCCCGAUUGAAAUAGAAGGCGAAGAUAUAACUUUAACUGUUUUAUAUGACUGGAAGCCUGAAAAAUGUGAAGGUUGUGGAUCUUUGAUACAUCCUUUUUCACUCUGUCCCAAAAAUCCAAACCCCAAGCCUAUUCUCCCUCCUAAACCUCCUAAAAGUCGCGGUCGUAGCACUUCGAGACCGCCGCACAGUCGUCCAUCCUCUUCACAGCCUACUGUUCUCGCUCCACCUUCAAAGUCCAAUACCCCCCUACAGAUUAGCAACCCUUCUGCUGCUCUGUUACCCACUCCUAAUCCUGAGGUCCAGCCGUUGGAUAAUCUUGCUUUGCAAAAUCUUAACUCUGCACCCAAUAACCCCCUUCUGGCUUCAGAAGCUUUGCAACUAAACCCGCCCACUUCUCCUGCUAAAAUAGCACUCCUACCCAAUCUCAAUUCUCCAACUGAAGAAGCUUCUUCUUCCGGUCUUCCUUCCUCUCCAGUCCUAAUUCAACCCCAAAAAAUCCCUCUUUUGAACAAGUUUUCUUCUUUACAAACUGAAGAACUCAUACCUCCUGAUUCAUCUGAGUCUUUUUCCGAAAACGAUAAGACCUCCACCACUAUUGCUGAGGAGGACUCUUCCCCAUCAUCCAAAAAUCAGAAUCUCUCUGAAUCGGUCGGGCACAACACUAGAUCCUCUGUUGAUAGAGGAAAAUCUCCCAAAAAGUCAAAGCCCCCUAAAGCUAAAUCGGCCAAGAAGGCCAAAGGUCAAAAAUCCUAA